AUGAAGGUAGCUUGCCCAAGACGAGGAGACAUGAAGGUAGCUUGCCCAAGACGAGGAGACAUGAAGGUAGCUUGCCCAAGACGAGGAGACAUGAAGGUAGCUUGCCCAAGACGAGGAGACAUGAAGGUAGCUUGCCCAAGACGAGGAGACAUGAAGGCUGAAGAUUAUGAACAGACUCUGAGUUCUGGCAACAUGAGCAGCACAAGUGAUAUAGUGCAGAGAAUCAACGCCAUGCUGGAAAAUACCCUCGACAUCACAAAUCUUGGUGCUAUCAACAAUGAUCAGGCUAAACAGCAUGCAGCAAUGAACCAGGUACCUCACCUGAUACAAGGGCCCCACAGCCAACAGGGACUCAACAUACAGGGACCCACAACAACUGGUUACCAUGACAACCAGUUCACAAGCAAUCAUUCUGCACCAUACCCAGGAUACCAGCUGUUUUACCAAAGUACCAGUGCCAAUCAGUACCAGCCCCUGUCGUCCCACUACAGCAGUGAACACACAUAUCAGUCGUACUUGCCACAAGCACAGGAGAUCUACAACUCUCAACCCCAUCCGUUCAGUAAACACCCCUCUGACACUACGAGUAGCUAUAAGUUGGACCAGCCCACUAAACAGAGCAGAACUGAAACUCCACAGAAACACACACGGGCAAUUAGAGGAUCUCCAGGGUAUAGUGACUAUGACUCGAGUACUGGAUCUCCGGCCACUCCAACAACCCCCCUUAAUGAGACCCUCUCCCCGAUGGAACAGAUAUUCGGCCUCAUGUCCAGGGACAAUCGAGGCCAGGCAGCGUCUUCACGCAGCAAUUCUCCAUACGACUCAGACACCAGUGGAUUCAGCAGUGAGGGAUCUGAGGCUGCUCUCCUUGAUAUGAUGAACUCCCUAAAAAUUGGCAACAGAGAGGCAAAAUCUCCAGUGAAUGAUCUGUCCAAGCAGCUGUAUCAUGCCCAGCAGCAGCAACAACAACACCAACAACAGGUAAUACAGCAACACCAGCACCAGUUGACUCAGCAGCAGCAACAACAACAGCAGCAGCAACAACAGCAGCAGCAGUUGUUCCAGCAGUACCAACAGGCCUCAGCCCAGUUACAGAUUUACCAACCCCAAAAACAGACAACAAACAGUGCCCUCGCUCUACCUGCCUCUGAUGCCACAGUAAUUGGAAACCGGAUUUCUGGACAAAUCAUGCGUCCAUAUGUGAUUGCUAACUUGGACCCGUAUGCCAUAGACAGGGCGGCUAGGCUGCAUAGAAGUGCUGCUGCAAUGAGCGAGGCGAGUUGUACAUGGUCUGGUAAAAUCCCACCCAAGAACUACAGAAGCCCGGCAUCCUUCUCGUGUAAGGUGUUUCUCGGUGGUGUACCCUGGGAUAUCACUGAAGCCGGACUCCAGCAAGCCUUCAACAAGUUUGGCAGUUUCAAGAUUGAGUGGCCAGGCAGGGACGGCUAUGUGUACCUUCUGUUUGAGUCGGAAAAGGCUGUGAAAAUGCUGCUUCAGGAAUGCACCCAUGACUACAGUACGGGAGAAUACUACUACAAUAUCUCCAGCAGAAGGAUGAGAUCUAAGGAGGUUCAAGUCAUCCCCUGGAUGUUGUCAGAUAGCAACUUUGUGCGUCAACCGUCCCAGCGCCUGGAUGCAAACAAGACCGUGUUUGUGGGGGCGUUACAUGGGAUGAUCUCCGCGGAAAUCCUCUCCAAUAUCAUGAAUGAUCUGUUCGGAAAUGUGGUCUAUUCUGGCAUUGACUGUGAUAAACACAAGUAUCCCAUCGGCAGUGGCAGAGUUACGUUUAGCAGUAGAAGGAGCUAUAUGAAGGCUGUACAGGCUGCCUUUGUGGAGAUUAAGACACCAAAGUUCACUAAGAAGAUCCAGAUAGAUCCUUACCUUGAGGACAGUAUCUGCACUGUGUGCGGCCUCCAGCCUGGGCCUUACUUUUGCAGAGAUCUUCUGUGUUUCAAGUACUUCUGUCGCCCGUGCUGGUACUGGAAGCAUGAUGCAGACUCCAUGCGAUCUCACAAACCCCUGAGCAGAAACACAAAGGUUCAGGCGAACCUGGGCUUACUGUAGGAUAACAGACAGUUUAACAGACAGACAGUGCUUUGGCUGUCGCUGAGUUGAAAACAGCUGACUUUGCCAGCUCUGUUCAUCAUGAAAGCGACUGAUUAAGGACUUUGAAAGAG